CGUCUAAAUUGAUUAUGAUUUAUGUAGCUUCAUAUUGAAGAUACAUUGUUCAGUUAUUUCAUAAUAAAUGUCUGUAACAGGACAGACUUGAUUAUUGCAUUAUGAAAAAAUCUAUUAUUUUAAUUCCUUCACUACAAAUUCUGUCUUUUCUUCAAUCAAUAAAACCUUUAAAAUUAUGUACAUCCAUCCUUGUUAUUAAAUUAUGGACAAAGUACAUUUUAUUCUCUUACUUGCCAGAUUAAGUUUUAAUCAAGCUAUUUGUUAUUUAUGAGGGAACCUUUCUUAUACCUUGUGUCGGGCAUAUCAAUAAAAAAUGAUAUAGAUGCAUCUGAUGCAUUAGAAGUGAUUGAAGGUUGUUAUGGGUUUUCAUGGAAAAAAAAAUAUUAGGAGACCUUUUUUUGUAUGCAUGAAACAAUACUGUCAAAAUAAUUGUUGAGUCUGUAAAACUUUGAAAAAUAAGAAUUAGAGUGAAAUAAACAAUGUUAUGUUCCUAAACAAGCUGUAUGAGUAAUUAAGACACCUAGAGUUACAGGCCCAUUGAUCAGCUUUGAUGAAUAGAUAUUAACAUGUAAAGGAUUGAAUUUCCUGUGCUCAUGUCAUCUGUGAAAACAUAUUCUAAUUUUUAUAUCCUUACAACAAUGAAUUGUGACACACACACAAAAAGAAAAUCCCAGAGGUUUUUUAAAUAUUAAUCCAAACUGCUUCAUGAUUUAAGAAUAUGUAAAUUUACACUCUGGUAAUUGUGAUGCUCAUAAUGAACCCACACAAUUACAGCAGAGCAGACAGCGCUCAUGCCCACACAGCCUCAGCACACAUCGUCUGCACACAGCAUUCACUGUGAGGAAUCAAAGUAAUCUCCACCUAAAUGUCACAGGAGACUUUCUUGGCAAUUGUUGCCUUGCUGUGAGGCUGUUUCGAUGUGGCCUUCAGUCUGAUGUGUCUGCACACACCUCCAAGUCUGAUUAACUUUCCAUUCCAUUGAGGUUGAGAAGUUGGACAAGGUUAACCUCUAAUUUACUGUUGAUGGAUACAAGUCUGGGUUUUUGCUCUGAGUUUGAAACCUUGGGUAAAUUGCUCUUAUAGUAAUGAAAGAAAAUAAAGAUUGCUUUUUACAAUUAACCACCAGUAAGGGUUUGAUUGUGUCAUUUAAUCCUUUAAAAUAAAUUUUCCCUCUCUGCUCCAAUUUGUUCCUAUUCCUCUAUUACAUUUCUGCACUGGUAUUUGCUGCUCGAACUUUGGCUUUUUUUUAUUUUUUGGCUGGGGGCAGAUGGUUGAUUUGCAGAGAGUUGCAUUUUCAACCUUGGGGCCUGUUUAUUAUUUUUGAAAAGCUUUUUAUUUUUCCCCUACUGACAGUUUUUUGAUUUCUUGCUGUGAAAAAGAGACACUGCUCUCACAUAAAUGCAGUCCUAAUAAGCCAUACCAGCAUACUCCUGUUUGCACUUGACUGAAUCACUGAAGCAAAUCAUUCACAGCUCUCCUGUUAGCGUAUGAACCGGUGCGUCUGGGUUUUUUAUGUGUAAAUCUCUGUGUUUGUGUGUGCGCAAGCAUAUGUAGUCGAAUCAGAUUCAUUCGUAUGAGCGAGUCAACAAAAGCUUUGAUGAGAACAAACGACACAAAUUCCGAUGAAGCUACAGAGAAACAAAAAGAGCAAGUAUAGUGUUGGUCUUUAGAAUGUGUGUGUUUUUCUGAGUGUGUGUGUGUGUGUGUGUGCUUGAUGAGGUUUAGUUUUGAGUCAGAGGCAGCACCAAAAGCCUAAGUCUGAGAGUGUGUAGGAUGAGCCUCCUACCACGUCCCUCCCUGUCUUUCAUCAAAUGUCUCUCUGCCUCCUCUUAAUUUCUCCUUCUCUUGUAUGUCCGCUCUCAAAUGUACAACUAUGAAUUUAUUCCUGAUUGAUAAAUUAAUUGAUUAAUGACAUUUUAUGUGAAAAGCUUAAUUUAACAGGUAAAAGUCUAUGAAACAAAGCAAACCAUCAGACAGUACAAAGGCCGCAUAUACUGUCCAGUAUAUAACCUCUAUGUGCUGCACCCAUGACUGUUAGUGUGUGUAUGUUUGUGUGCAUGCAUAUAUGUGUGUAUGCAUGUUUGUAUCACUCACAGUGAUUAAAGCAAGUGGGCGGCAACAGCAACUGGUCUGCCUGUGUGGCUCUGCAUAGCAGACAUGUUUCUCACUGCUAGAUAUUACUCAUUUCCUCAGCCCUUUGCACACACAAGCACACACAAGCACACACACACACACACACACAUACACACACACUCUUGAGACACACUCACAUACACAACAGUCACAGAGACGGAUAGCAGGCUCUCAGUUCUUUCCUUCAGUUUGGUGGGCUCGCUGGUGUUAUUUCAUGCGUACACAGAUCAGAAGCAGUGUGUAGCUGGAGGCUGCUGCUCUCUGCGGGUGUUGUAGCUGGCGGUGGUGGUGCUGUGGAGAAGCAGUGUAGCACAGUUAGGAGCUGAGGAGUGGGUUGACCCUCUGGGAGGACUGGAAUAUGAAUGACUGCCAACACUGGGACGCCUGCUCAGCCUGCACUAAGGUGAGUGGUGCUUCAGUACAAAAUAAUCAACAGUGAUCUGACAGUGAUGCUGUGUAGCAGCCUUCCCCUCUGUCUGCGCCCCUCGUUCUCCCGUGAGGCCCAUGUGACCUAGCCAACACCCACGCACAGGGGGCCCCCGACUGCUGCUGGAGCCUACCCAUGAAUCCCAGCCCCGACCGCGGCCAAGAGUGCCUCCCCCCGAAGAAAAGGGAGUCUCGUCAAGGAUCGACAGAGCACCACAUCCCCCUGGAUGAGUUUAAACCCCCUGUGCCGCUCCGGAGUCGGUCCACCGGAGGGGGAGGAGAGGGAGGCAGGGAGGCCAUUGAAAAGGACCGAGCUCUGGUUAACCAAAACCCCCAUCUCCUACAUACUCCUCCACCUCUUCCUGCUCCAGCACCGGGCCUCCCCCUGCCCCUACCUUGGCACUUAAGCUACUCCCCCUCUGUUUCUCUCCCCCUUUUUCCAGGGCCAGUUGGCGAGAGGAGGAGCUCAGGGUCUCCCGCCUGGAGAGAAGAUGCUCUCUCCUUACCCCUGCCCCACCACUCCAGCUGGCUCAGAGGGGAAGGCCCCCUCUCCCUGCCACCUUCCCCAUCUUCCUCCUCUGCCUUCUUUAAGACUCCCUUUCCGGCGGAUUCCCGAGAGAUGUGGUCCUACAUCAACAGCGGCCGGCGUGAAAACAGCUCCUCUCUCUUCUCCCCAUCGUACUUGUUUGGCCAUCAAUCGCUAUACGCUCAAGAUCGGAACUUGGUUGAUGCUAGACAUCGGUACCUGGGCAAGAGGCCCAACGGCCUGGACGGGCCGGGCAGCAGGACUGCUUCAACUUCCAGGCAUCUGCUCACAGGAGAAUAUGGAAAUGAUAGCAGUAGACUCAGGCUGGACAUCAGUCCACACAGCUCUCACACCAAUGGAGGACGGAGACAGCAGGAAGAUUUAAACUCCCGAGUCCAUUCUGGAGGGCUUUUUUUGUCCGAUUCUCAAGCUCAAGAGGGCCCUGAGCUACAUUCCUCACUGCAGGUCAGACAUGGGAUAGGUAAGACCAGCUCAAAUCAACUCCCCACUAGUCCUCUUCCCCUGGGGCCAGUCCCCAGGCCCAGUAGAGGGGGGCUUUUAGCUUCCUUAGGGGCUACACCAGCUGAAGCCCAAAUCUACUACUCUUUGGGAUCGGUUUGCCACCCUAGCCCCCAAGCCCAGACUUUUCCACUGUACAGCCCCUCAGGAUCACCUCUGUAUAACCUGCACAGGGAGCCAGGCCACAGGCAGCACAACCUCAGAAACUCCCCACACUCCCCGCUUGGUCUGCCCAACAGCCAUGACAGGUCGCAAAGAGACCGGGACAGAGACAGAGAAAAGGUCACACAAAGGGACAGGGAACGAGGGAAAGACAAAGAGAAGCACCUUCAACAUGACCAAGAAAGAGACGCCGUGCGAGAGAGACGGCGGGACAGAGCAACAGAUCGAGGGAGAGAGUCUUCUCCUUCCCACAUUCACACCUCAUCCCCGGACCUUCACCCAUCUCCCCCCACGCUCCUACCUCACUUCACCAAGGGGUCUCUGAUAGAGUUGGCCAGCGGACGGUUGAAGCGGGUGGAGGAGCUGCGGACAGAGGACUUCCUGAGGAGCGCCGACACCUCGCCAGAGUUCCACCUUAGCACCUGCACUGUGCUGCUGAUUUCCCCCAGCAGUUCUCAGGGCUUCAGCCACCUACAUGUCCACCUCACAGACCUCGACACUCAGGAGUUACUGAAGGUCUUGGUGGAGUAUCCGUUCUUUGUGCAGGACCGAGGCUGGUCUUCUUGCUGUCCCCAGAGAACCUCACAGCUGUACGGCCUGCACUGCCGCCAGCUCAUGGAGGGGGAUGUCUGCCUGGCCCUCACCCCAACAGCCAACCAAACCCACCGAACACACACGCGUACCAGCUCCAGGUCCCAUCGAACGCAAGUCCCCUCCAGGGUCGCUGGAGAGUCAAGCAGCUCAUACAGGGACGAGAUGCCACCUCCGCCUCCCCCUCCGCCUCUUCCUCACCACCCACCUCCAACGGUGCCUGCCCCUCCUGUCGCUCAGGAUGCAGAGCCCCCCCUUCAGGAGCAGCCACGUCAUCGCAAACGGCGCUGGUCUGCCCCGGACUCCCUCCCCCCAACUGGAACUGAUGAAAGUCUCCUGGAUUUACCUCAUGGCUCAAAGCUGAUGAAGUGGCAGUAAAAAAAACAUGGAAAUGCAUAUGUAUACAUGCACACUUACACACACAUGCACAUAAAUACAUAUAGGCACAUACACACCCUCCUUGUCUCUGUUGCACCAACCAAGACAAACAAUGGCGAGACCUCAAGGCAGGGUUGCAGGGAAGGAAUAAAAAAAAAACAAUAGAAAACACAAUUUACGGGUGUCCACACUGCUGCCCAAAAGUUGAACCUCGUCCGCCAUAUUCUACCCCUCUUUCCCUUAACCUCCUUUCCUAUCCUCUCCUUUCCUUUCCUUUCCUUUCCUUCCUUUCCUAAACUAUACUUAGCACAGCCCUGAAAGGAGCAGCAGCUGAAGGAUCUCUGGAAAGCUCCUUACAGACACACCGAAGACAUUUAGUGAGACAAUCAAGCACUGUCUGUGUUCACUCUGUUUUUGUAAUGGUUGUCCAGCACACCUACUUACUGACAGUGUUAUCUGCAGGGUAUCUUUUUUCAAUUAGUGUAAUGGAAGUAAGCCCUACUGAUGAAGUGCAGAAAUAUAUAUAUAUAUAUAUAUAUAUAUAUAUAUAUAUAUAUAUAUGAACAAAAGUUGACUAUAUAUAUUACAUUACAAAUGUUAUAUACAGUAAAUAUGCUAAAAAGAUUUAAUGCAAUCUCUCUGUCAGUUUUGCAAAUGCAUUCUUGUUAUUUCCUAAUUUUCUUGCUUCUCAGCUGAUGGCUACAUGUCAGCCUAAGCAGGCAAGGUGAAUGUAUGAGUAACUCUUCGCCUUUUUUUAUUCACAUCACUGGGAGUCAUUACAAACAAUUGUUCAUCAAGGCAUUACCCUCCGAUAUGUUCUUAACAUUAGCUCUGAGAAAGGGAGAACACUAAUGAAAACUGCGUAACAGACAAUCCUGCCCACACAGACAGGUCUGUGCCACAAUGCCUCGACACUCAUGGUGUUUUUCCAUUAAAACUGAAUGACGGAGAGAGUAGAAAGUACAGUGUGGCUGAAGAGUAAUGGUGCUAAUAACACGUUGGAACAUGAUGCUUUGUGAAUACUCUUGACCCCUGUGUACUGUACACUUCUGUUCCCAUCUCGUUUUUUUUUUUUACGUACUGUAUUUGUUUGAAGGCAGGGAAAACGAUGAAAGUAUUUUAAACUCAGAUACGGGUAUCUCCUCUGAUUCAGCACACUCUCUCACUUUAGUUUUCGUGUUUCUUUUUUUUGAAAGAAAACCUUACCUGUUGAUUUUCUUUUUAAAUGUUAUAGCUACAAAAUGUAUAUUUUUAAAAAUUGUGAAUCUGUUAAAUGAUGUUCGCUAGAAAUAAAGGAAAAAAAAGCUUUAUA